AAUUCAACUCCUAAAUUAGAUCGGGUGAACAAUGGCGACGUUUGAGCUUUACCGGAGGUCAACGAUCGGGAUGUGCUUGACGGAGACUUUAGACGAGAUGGUUUCAACCGGUACUCUCAGCCCUGAGUUCGCUAUUCAGGUUCUCGUCCAGUUCGAUAAGUCUAUGACUGAAGCCCUGGAAAGUCAAGUGAAGAGCAAGGUUAACAUCAGUGGACAUCUGCAUACCUAUAGAUUUUGCGACAAUGUUUGGACCUUCAUCUUACAGAAUGCUGUGUUUAAGAACGAGAAUUCUCAGGAGAAUAUUGGUCGGGUGAAAAUAGUAGCAUGCGACUCAAAGCUGCUCUCACAAUGA